AUAUUAAAUUAGUCUUAUGUUAGUUAGCGAGCCGACACAAUAUUGAUUCUUCCAAAUUCUAAGCUGAUUGUGCUGAAAUUUCGAGAUACACCUGGUAGAAAAAUAUUUAUUAUUUGAAUAGGUACUGUAUAGUGGUACCCAUACAGCAGGUAAGCGUUCCCAUUUUUCCACGCAUGUGCCUAGGCAUAUAAUCGACUAGGCAGUACCUGUCAGGUGAAAUAAGCAGACAAUCUUUUCAAUACUAACUAGUAGUUUCAGUGCUGGGUGUUCGAUUUGGACCUUUAAAAUUCGGAUAAGAAUUCGGUAUUGUCGGAAAUCGGUGUUCAUUACUAUGGAAUUUUAAAAUAUUCAUCAGAGAAACGAUUGCAAAAAUGGCUUACCGAAACGGAUACACCCGAGACGAUAGAGAUCUGGAUAGGGACCGCGAUAGAGACAUGAGGGAUGAUGGCAAGGCCCCAAUUCACCUUAUUGAGCACUUAGCAACAUUCAGCGUGUCUCCAGACAUGGGUAUUCUUUAUCCCAUUGAUGGAAUGCGGAGAUUAAGACAAAUGGAACAAACGAAUGGAAUUUGGUCGCAAAAGAUGCAGCUGUGCUUAGAUCAUCCGUGGGUUCUUAUAUUGGACGAAUCAGGGACUAUUGUAGAAAAAUUUCCCGUUAACGCAAUUCAAGACCCAACAGCAUUCAUGAGUACAGAACCAAUGGAUAUGUACAACAACAUUUUAGUAUUUAUCAUUGCCGAUUCAAGUCAGUCUUCACAUUCACCCGAAAUGCAAAUGCACAUAUUUCAGUGCCAGAGCAUAUCAGCGCAAGACUUAGUAGAAGAUUUAAAACAACUCAGAAUGGGUAAACCUCCAAAUAGAAGCCGCAAAAGCAGUAUUCCACCACCAUCGCAUAAACCGCCUCAGCCUAUCGUUAACCCAGCUCGAGAUCAUUCGAGGGAUUAUUUUAAUCAGAGAUCGGACUCAGAGCUAACUGAAAAUAAUGACGAUGCCAGCUCAACAACAAGUGAAAAAUAUGAACGAGACGUUACGAUUUUAAACCACUGUUUCGAUGAUAUUGAAAAGUUUAUUGCAAGAUUACAACAUUCGGCUGCAGCAGUUAAGGAACUAGAUCGCAAAAGAAAAAAUAGAAGAAACAAAAAACGCGACAUGGGAGAUGGUAUGCUGACCAUGAGAGCAAAACCGCCACCAGAAAAAGAAUUUAUCGAUAUUUUCCAAAAGUUUAAAUUAUCAUUCAAUUUGCUGGCGAAACUCAAAGCUCACAUUCACGACCCAAAUGCUCCCGAGCUGGUACACUUUCUCUUCACUCCAUUGGCACUGAUAGUGGAAUCUUCACACGACUACUACUUCGAUCAGCACAUUCCGCAGAAUGUUACUGCUCCACUCCUUACACGCGAAGCCAUCAACUUACUCAUGAACUGCGUUACUAGUAAGGAAACUGAACUUUGGCAUUCACUUGGAAAUGCCUGGCAAGCACCAAGGGAACAAUACCGGGGUCAUGUUCCUUCCUACCACCCAGUUUUUAUGGAUGGCUGGUCUCCAGAAUAUCCAGUUGAUGAGCCGGAUUCUAACGAGAAACACUAUCCAGAGGAUGAUGAUUCGGACAGCAACUUCAUACCGCCUAUUCUAGAGAGUACGGCUAAGAGCGACAUUUCAGUGGAUUCCAUUGAAAUAAAAGGCGACGAAAAAGGAUUUGGAAUGGGACAGGAAAGAUUCUUGGAAGAACUUCAGAAUAGGGGUGCUCACAUCGUCCAAGUCACGUAUCCUAGAACGGCAAACAACGAUAAAGAACUAACCGUUGUUAGAGGCGAGUUUUUAGAGAUUUUGGACAGCAGUAGAAAAUGGUGGAAAGCUCGCAACAGCAAAGACCAAAUAGCACAUGUGCCAAACACUAUCGUGACCCAGUACCAUUCAAGCGGCCUAAACCAUCAUCACAGAAGCGCGCUUCAUAGAGAGGACUCGCCUCCACAUUCACGCUACCCUGGUCCAGGUUCUAGCGAUGAUUACAGGAUUCAAACGAAACCAGCCGAGGCAAUUAGAAACGAAAGACAAGAGGAAAGAACAGUGAAACAACCUCCUCAACCUCCCCCAUUAAUUCCGGUUCCUGUACCUCCGCCUCCACCCCCAGCGGCACCUUUGCCGCCACCUCCUCCUCCACCAGUCGUUUCAGAGCCCUCAACUCCAAACUCUCAAUUGAAGAGAACUGCAUCUCGCCAAUCUAUGGGUCCAAUGGCGAGUGAUGCGGUACAAGAAGAACUCAACAGCGUUUUGACUUUAUUGAGAGAAAAAGAGAAAGUUCGCCUUGAUAUUAGAUCGACCCCGGAAACAUAUAUUGAUAAGAGAAGCAACCCGAAAGAGGUCCAAGCCUGGCUUAAGGCGAAAGACUUCAAUGAAGCCAUUUGCAGUAAAUUUAAGGGAGUAACCGGUUACCAGCUGUUGGCAAUGUCCAAACAGGAUUUGGAGAAAGUUUGCGGAGAAAAAACCGGAGCGAGGCUCCAUUCGUUCCUGCUUGUACAAAAAUCUGUUAGCGGGUUCAAAACGUAUCGCACUACAGAACUUCAGAGACUCUUGGCUAAACAGCGAGAAAAAAUUGAGCAAAAUCCAGGAGAAUAUGAGGACAACAGUUCGGACUUUUAAUUGUUAACUGAUGAUAAGAUAUAGUUUUAUGUUAUUUAUCUACCCACUGAUAUUUAAAAACGCUAUAAGAAAAUAUUCGCUAGUUAUAGAAGCAAUUGUUCAAGAGUUCAAGUUUUCGUCAACUUAUUUCAACACUUAUUUUAACUUCAUAUCAGCAAUCAAGGUAUUUUUGAGCUCCGAAUAAUAAAAUUAUGUAGGUAUUGUACACGUUCCUAUUUUAAAAGAUAAAUGUUCUUUUUAAUUUUUAGCCUACAAUAUAUUAAAUUUUUACCAUAGGUA